AUGGCGAUUACGGCGUCGAACCCGAACACCGAGACGGACCUGGACCUCGAGGCCGGAGCGCCCUGCCGGCUGUUCUCCAUGACUGAGAACCCGCAGCUCCACUGGGCCUUCAUUCGCAAGGUCUACACCAUCCUCUCCGUCCAGCUACUCAUCACCGCCGCCAUAUCCGCCACCGUUGAUUUGGUUCGUCCGGUCGCUCACUUCCUCGUCGGCACCAAGGCCGGGCUCGGCGUCUUCAUCGCCGUUGUCGUCUUGGCUGUCGUCGUGCUUGUUGCUUGGAGGAUUUGCGCCAAGAAGCACCUGGUGAAUUACAUACUGAUGGGGCUUUUCACAGUCUUGAUGGGCCUCAUAAUUGGACUGGCCUGUGUUUUCACUCUCAAGAAGGUGCUAUUGGAGGCUUGGGGUCUGAUAGUUGGGGUUUUCAUCGGCUUGACAUAAUUUACUUUCUGGGCUGCAAGGAGAGGCUAUGAUUUCAGCUUCCUUUGUCCCUUUCUGUUUGCAGCGCUCACUGUUUUACUUGGGUUUAUUCUGAUUCAGAUUCUCCACCCUCUUGGGAAAGCCAGUCAUAUGAUAUUCGGCAUUGUCGGAUGCAUCAUCGUCAGCGGCUACAUUGUCUUUGACACGGAUAAGUUGAUCAAGCGCAACCAGGAUGAUGAGUUCCUAGUGGUUGCAGCUGGCCUGUACAUAUAUACUUUCACCCUCUUCAUGAGUUUGAUCAUAGCUAAUAUCAGCUGACAAGCUGUUGCUUAACUAAGACUCAUAGCUAGCCUUCACUUGUGCAUUUGGUCCUAGUUAUGGUUUAGGAAAAAUUGUGAAGGUCAUGAUAAACAACUAAUGAAUGGUCUAAAUUGAAGAUUACUUGUAGGUCUGUUUACCAUUGAGACAUAGUCUCCUU